CAGCUGAUUAGAACUAGGCCUGCGAUACGGUGUGUUUUGGAUUUUUACCCCAAAGAACUGACAAUUACUUGGAUUUUGCUUGCAGAAUUCAAAAUCAAACGAAAGAAGUUGUUUUGAAGUUCAUUGAAUUUGCAGAAACUAUUGGAUUGUUGAUGUCAUCUUCUUACCCAAUGAGCUAAUUCAAAGAUGGACUCAACAAGGAAAUAGUCCAGUGGCAGUGUUCCUGAAUCUCGCGCCGCAGUAUUUCGUGCCGCCGGAUUGGAUACCUACGUCACGGUACAUCUGCCGGGUCAGAGUGGCGGAGGUUAGCCUCGAGUUUCCGCUGAGCACUUACGUAGCGCACUCGGCCCGGCGUUCCCGUGUUUACUACUGCAUGUGUGUGCGACAUGAGCUUGAACGGCUCGAGCUCGAGUUCCGUAGAGCCCAACACCACAUCGAGCAGUGCGAGUGCAAGUCUGUCAUCCGGGGGAACUUUGUCGAGUAUGGAGACUAUUCCAACGCAGGAGGUUGCUGAAGGAGAUUUUGAUUUUGUGGAGGAGAAGGUGGUUGUUUGGGGUCGUCUGUAUCCUAUUGGAAAAUGUUUUAAGAGUGUUGAUUUCUUAGAUCCAAAGGAAGAAUACCUCUUUGGAAGGGAUCCUUCUUGUGACAUCUGUUACAACAGCCCCGAGAUAAGCAGAAAUCCCUGCUACCAGACACUUAGCAAAACACAUUUCAGGAUAUUUAAGGAAUCAAACGAUAAUUGCAGUUUCUACUUUAUUGAAGAUAGGAGCUCAAAUGGCACCUUUGUGAAUGGAGAAAAGAUUGGUAAAGGGAAGAAGAGAGUUCUAAACAACAAUGACGAGAUUGCUCUUUCAUUAUCCAAAAACAAAGCAUAUGUUUUCAUGGAUACAUCGGAUUCGGAUCAAAGUUAUCUUCCUUCAGCACUUAGAGAAAAGUUCAUCAUGUCAAAAGUAUUAGGCAGGGGGGCCUGUGGGCAAGUGAAGCUAGCGUUUGAGAAAGGAACAUGUCGGAAGGUUGCAGUCAAGAUCAUAGAAAAGAAGACAUUCUCAAUAGGAGGGACAAUGGUCCGGAACAUGGAGAAGACAGUGAUGGAAGAAGUCAGAAUACUAAAGAAGCUUCACCACCCAUGUAUUAUAGGUAUAGAAGAUGUUUUCGACACACCAGAAGUCCUGUAUAUUGUACUAGAAUUGGUUGAGGGUGGAGAACUAUUUGACAGAGUUGUGAGCAUUGGGAAGUUUGAUGAAGCUACUGCUAAAUUCUACUUUUAUCAAAUGAUUACAGCUUGCAAGUAUCUACAUGACAAUGGAAUCACACACAGGGACUUGAAGCCUGAGAACCUCUUACUCAUGACUGACGACAAGGAAACCGUCCUUAAAGUCACUGACUUUGGUCUCUCCAAGUUUGUCGGUGAGCAGUCCCUGAUGAAGACCCUAUGUGGCACACCUACCUACCUCGCCCCAGAGAUCCUGACCAGUAUGGGUAUGGGUGGCUACACAAAGGCCGUCGAUUGCUGGAGUAUAGGGGUCAUCCUCUACAUCUGCCUUGCAGGGUACCCUCCGUUCUCGGAUGAAAUCAAGGUGAUGACCUUGGAGCAGCAGAUCAAGAGGGGUUACUACAGCUUCCCAACAAAGUACUGGGGAUCAGUAUCAGAGUCAGCAAUUGAUAUGGUCAAGAAACUUUUGACUGUUGAUCCGAAGCGGAGACUGACUACCAAGCAGGCCUUGGCGCACCCAUGGCUUCAGGAUCCAGAGGUCACUGACAAGGCCGAGAAGGUCAUGUACCCCAACAGGAACGGACAGAUGCUUCCUCCUACUGCUCCGGUUCCUGGAACCAAGAAGCGCACUAGAGAGUCUGCAAUGAGCACAGACGAUGAGCAUAAUGACGACUCUGGGAUCGGUAGUACGACCUCUAGGAAGAUGUCAAGGAGUGACGACAGUGGGGACAGUGCCUUUGACAAGACAGAAGACGUGUCAAAGGUCGUUACGAAAGGAAGUGGAGAUGCAUAACGUCACCACCUGAUAUAUGUGAUAAGAAUCAUGACAUGCCUUCCUCAUAUGGACAGACACUCGUUCAGUGCGUGUAUUGGCUAUCAUCGUAGAUUGUGGCAAGUGUAGAAGAUAGAGUGUAUGCUUUAGAUGACUGCAUCCAUUAUCACACGUUACCCGUUGUAAUAGUGAUGAUCACCACAAAUUUCUUCAUCGCAAUGUUCCAUAACAUAAGUAUGAGUCAUUUAGAUCCAUGUUUUUAGCAGAAAACUGACCAGUAUAUUUUCCAUUCUGAUCGUCCCAUUAUUGUGUAGAGAAGCUAUUGUUGCAAAGAAAAAUUCAUGAUAUCCGCAUGCAUCGGGGCCAACGGACUGACAUUGAUGUAUCUUAGAAAUUGUUGUGAAAACAAUAAGCCUUUUUGCCUUGAGUACAGAGAAGUGGGAGGCUUUUUAUGGCCAGUUAUCUGUUGAACUCUUGAGGUAUUCUCUUUAUCUUUCAUUGAAAUUUUCUUUUGUAGUAACCCUUUACAGGAAAAAAUUAUGUGUGUAACCUCCUCUUUUUUGUCCUAUCAGUAUUAUUAUAUCUUAUCAAAAACAUUUGUUAACUUCAGUACUGUAUACUGCUUCUUUAUUUUCAUGGGGCUUGAUUCAUAACGCUAUUUGUAAAGAUAUGGAUGAUCCUAUAGUCAAUUUUGGAAUAUGGCAAGCCAAGUUCACUUUGCAUCAUUUUCAAUCACACAAGCUUAAGUUGAAAUAAACAGAUGUUGAUUCACUUUCCAACAGCUAACCAAUCAUUUUAUGCGCGAAGAAGAUCAUUGACUGCAAUUUUAAAUGAAGCUAUUUCAAAUACAUUUUAUGAAUUGUAUGGAGAAACUCUGAGCUCAAUCUUAGUGAGGGCCAUAUUGCAGCCAUUAGUAUAAUAGUCAUGCAUAAUUUCACAAAUAUCUUUGAAAAUACCCCCUUUCCUUGUUGAUAUACUGCUUUGGACCUAUUUUUUCGUAAUUAAAAAAGAAAAAUCAUGUUCAGUGACAAGCUGUAAUAAAAUGAUAUUUGCCAAAGUAAUGGGGCUUCUGCUCAAAUUAAACCAAGUAUUUUACUUUGUGUCAGUGAAUAACAACUUUCUGAUGAUGGGGAAUGCUAUGAAAGUUUGUCUGGAGUAGAGUUUGUUUCCUCUGAAAUAUUAAAUAUAGUUUCUUCUUACUUCAAACCAAAAGUAUUAUAUUUCUAUUAUUACUCCAAGGUAAUAUCAUUCCCUAUUCUGGAUUACUAGUGUAGUUAUUAUUGGGUAUUGCUAUAGUAUGGAACUAUCAAGCCCAUGUUAAUUGUUGCUUCAAUAUAGAUAUUAUAUCAUAAUGAAGAAGAACUUUGAUUACCCCACAUCCUUUCACAUGUAGUAGAUAUUCUUUUCGUUGAAGUGUACCACGAAGCACAAAUUUGUUUUUAUACUAAUGGAUGUUUCUAAUGUCAGACAAACAUGUCUGUGAUUGCUAGUAAACUGCUAGAACAUGAAAGUUGCACUGUUUUUGCAUCGCACUUUAUACAUUGCUGUUUUGUAGAAGGCUCAUCUGGUUCUAGUAGGGAAUCGGUUAAUCCGUUGACUACUGGAUUCUGUCAUUCAUCUGCCUCUUUCUUCCAUUAGAGGACAUACCUCUUGUAGAGUAUUGUCGUACUUGUGCCGAAAAGGCGCAGUCGCAGGAACACGCGUAAAUGAAUUGUAGUGAUGUACUGUACAAAAUAGUAAAUAAAAUCUGCUGUUGAGCCAAGGUGCUAGUAAAAAUCAUCAUGUCACUUAACGAAGAGUGACUGAAGAGAGGCGGUGCUUAAAGACCUCGAUGGACGGGGCCGACACCGCUGUUGAUGGGAGUGAAUUCCAGAGGCAGGCCACACUUAAUAAGAAGCUGUGUUGAUAGGAAGAUAUUCUGCAGUGCUGCUGUCUAAACUGUAGAUGAUGUCCUCUAGUUGAUCCAAGAGAUGGGUAGAGGUAAGGCGGAGCCACAGGAAUGGCUACGAGGCCAUUUCAUAAUUCUGAAUAGUAUGGUGACUUUGCUAUGGGCUCUGCAUUCCGAGAGGGACUGCCAUUGGAGUUUCUGGAGCGUUGCUGUACACGCUGCUCUGUUGGUCAUAAUAGAUGUUACAAAACAUGCAGUGCUCCAUUGAAACAUCUCUAUUUGGGAUAGGAGUUCAGUGGUGUGUGGGUCCCAUACCAUGGAUGAAUACUCCAGGGUAGGUCUGACAUAUGUCUUAUAAGCUAGCUCUUUGACUUGUGAUGGACAUUUCCUUGGGUUACGCUGGAGGAAACCAAGGAUGCUAUUGCUCCUCUUGCAGUUAUUGUUAAAGGGGAAUCCAGCCUUGGCCAUAAAAUGUUGUGUUGGGAAGGAGAAAAAUAAAUUUAACAGAAUGGUGAAAGUUUGAAAGAAAUCGGACAAGCAAUAAGAAAGUUAUAGCUGCUUUAAAAUUGAGAUCACUAAUACUAUGUAGAUUUCAAAUUGGCAACUGGGUAAGUAAAUUAUGACAAGGGGCAAGGACAACUUCCCCAUAGGCCAUGUACUUUAUUAUCAGGGAUUUGUGGUUUUCUCCUAAGUACCCAUUCCCCUGGGGCAGUAAUCUAAAUAUAACCCAGGUAGUAUAUUGUUUUAUGUCCUCAUGAAAGAAAAUUAUAAUUUGAAAUAAAACUUUUGGGAAAAAUGACAUUUUAGCCAUAAUAUGUAUUGGAGUACAUAGAGUAGUCCUUGCCUUACAUCACUAUGACAUCCCAUAUGCGGCCAAUUUGAAGUGUCCAUGGGUAUAGUGAUUACCAAUAUUUACAACUUUUGAAAAUUCAUAACUUUCUUGUUGUUUGUCCAAUAUUGUUCAAACUUUCACCUAUCAACUUGUCUGAUUUUUCUUUUCCUUCUAAAAACACGUUUUCAUUUGGGUUGGAUUCCCCUUUAACAUGAGGCUUCCACUUGAGAUUUUGAUGGAUGGUGACACCCAACUACUUUGCCUCAUCCACAGUGCAAAGUACUGUCCCAUGAAUGGAAUAAGGAACAGGUGCCCGUUUCAUAAAGGACCUGCAACUGUUGUAACUUUGCCAUUAUGGCAACUACCAUGGAAACCGUUAUUAUGAUUGGGUGCUGAGCCCUGUUGCCAUGGUAGUUGCCAUUAUGACAAAGUUACAACGGUUGCAAGUCCUUUGUGAAACAGGCCCGGGGAAUGCUUGUUGGAAAACAUGUACCCUUUGUCCAAAGAUCGUCUGGUUCCAGUAGACAAUCGGUUAACCUGUUGAAUACUGAAUUAUGUAAUUCAUGUGCGCCUUGUACAGGGAUCAGUAGGUUCCAUUGGAAACCUGGGAUGGGAGCAUUUUAUGUUUUGUCAGUGAUUCUCAAUUGUUAAUGAUUAUUAUGGGGUACUAGAAAUUGUGUUUGAUUGGAUUCCUUAUGAUUUGUACUGGGACCACUUGUAGUAGGCAAGCUAGGUGGUAUUAUCAGGGGAACAUUCCAUAAAACAAGAGUAAUUAUUACAAAAUAUUAUUUUUUUGAUUUUAUGAUACUAAAAUCCUUCUAUCUGCAUUGCUCAGAGCCACUUUGUCCAUGAAAAUCCCUAUUUGUGUCAUGAAACAUUCCUCUGAUAUAUUGCAUUCAGCUUGCAAAUAAUGCACUGGUCACCAUGCAUCUGAAUGCAAUAUCUACUAUUACCCGUAUCAGACAUCUGAGCUGGUAAUUCACAAAGCCAUUUUGCCCUAGAUUUCAUGAAAAUCUGGAAGGGAUAAGCAUAUUAAUAUCGUCUAUAAAGACUACAUAUAUGUCAGUAUGAUUUUGUUGCGGGCAUUGUAUUUGAUGUUUCAUCACGGGCAGUGAGAAUUAUUUAAGUACAUGUAUACCACAAAAUCACUCAAUAUUAGUCUUUUUAUUUUGGAAAUAAGCAUCUAAUGUAUUCAAGGAGAGUGACAUUAAACAUUGUCAGGUUAUGGUCAUUGAAAUCUUGCGUGGAUCACAAUCAACACUAAUUCACAUUUCUAACAGAGUGCAAUAUACUUUAACAAUAUUGCACAGGAAUUUCCGAUAGGUGGAUGAAUGCAAUGCAUAGAAGUAAUGCAAUACAUGCUAACAAUGUUGAACUGGAUCAAAGAGAGGAAUUCAAAUAUACGUUUUUUUUCUUUCGGAAACAAGGCUUUGUGUAAUAUUGCUUUUUAUUUUGAUGAAAUUUAAAAUACAUGUUCAAAUGCUUUAAUUUCAUUGAUAUUUUUAUAUGCAUUCACAAAAAUUGUUAAAUAUUUGGGUGAUGUAUUUUGGAUUGAUCAAAUAUAAAUUGCAAAAACCAAACUUGUUAAACUACACCAGUGGAGGUAAGUCACCAAGUACCAGUGUUGAAUUAAUGGUGUUCGUUAAACACACAUUGGUGUAUAACAUAUUUUUUUGUUAGUUCAAUACUCUUGAAUGUGGUGUCAUGUCCAUACUGCAUGGUGUAAUGUUAACACCUAAGGGUGCAGUUGUCUCAGAACACUGAUUUUAGUGUCUGUAAAAACUCAAGAACAUUUAUGAUUGAUUUUGCUUUCUUCACAAGAACAAGAGAAUAAAUUCACCAUUAUUAUGUAAAAUUGUAUAGCAUUUAUUUGAGAUGAAUUUUCAUACACCAGGUGUAUUAGUUUGUCAAGGAAAAAUCUUUCAUAAGGUAGUUUAUUGUAAUUCAUUAAUAAAUAAGUAUUGUAUUGGAAUUGUAUCUGUGCAAAAAAAAAAUCAUUUUACAUCAUUUUUUUACCCUUUUAAAUUGCCAAAACAUGUAACAUGUCAACAUUUGUCAAUUUAUAGAUGCUGAAUGUUUGCUAACCUUGCUUAAUACACUUGCUACUACUUUGAUAUUUUAGUUAAAGAAAAAAUAAAGCAAAUAUGCAUAAAUUACGUUUUGAAUAAGAAAUGUAUAAUUUAAAAUUAAUCGUUGAAUUCCAAUGCUGCAUUGAUAGAAAUGACAGAAGAGACUGGCACUUCUAGAUAUACUACAAAUUACUUCUUUGAAUUUUUGUUCUACAUGUGAUAAAUAAUGCUUGAAGUUAAAAUGCACAAGUAGGCUUUUGGCAUAUGCGUUAUUAUAACAACUCGAUUUUGUAAACACUGGAAGGGUCUUUUAUGGAGAUCAUUCUGAAGCAACAAGUGUCUUGCUCACUUAUCAGAUAGAUUUACAGAAGAUAAAUUUGUCUGCUAGGUUUUGUGCUCUGUAUUGUCUGCAUUGUAAUAUACAUAGUUUAAUAUCUAUUUGUAUUUCCUUCCUUUACACUUGGUUUAAAGUCAUAAAGGACGUUUUGGCCAGGAGGUGUUCUUAAACCUUGUGAGCCUCUUUGGGUGUCCAAUUAUGUGAUCUUGCAUUUUUAAGUGUGCGCAUGGGCAAUGCUUUGCUAAUGACACUUAAUUUGGUUUGCAUUAUAAAAACUCUUUGUGAAUCGGAAAGUGGCUUGAAUUAGUAAAAUUUAUUGCGUCUUGUAGGAUGCAGGGUCAUAUUCUGGUUAGAAAAAUAGAAUCCUUGUUUUAUGAAAGAGUAGGUACGUGCGAGUUGUGUUGCUCGACUCAAAUGGCUUUAUACUUUGUAAGAAUCCUCCAAGACACCAUUUAUGUGUUUAAACUUUAGGUGUGUCAGUGCGUGUGGCAUUUGAAUUAUCACUGAUGAGAGAUGUCCAUUGAACUAAAAAAGGUGUAUUGCGUAAAAGUGUAUAUGAAAAACACUUAAAUCAUGAGAUAUCAAUGCUAUCCUAUCUAUAUGUACUUUAUUAGAUAUAUACUUCAAAUUUAGUUUCUAUUCAUUUUCAGCAUUUGUAUUCAAUUUAAUGAUUUUACGUUCAGUUGUAGUUGUUUUAAUUUCCUCUUUAAUUUAUCUAAAAGGUUGUUUGUUUUGUCAUUAUAAAAUUGAACUUUGAUUUGUCAAAAUUUAGCAAAUGUGAUCGUGAUGUUUGCUCAUUACAGUUACUAUUUUGUGAAUAGGAUUAUAAUGUAUGACCAACUUGUAUAUAAGAUGUAAAUAUAUAAUAUUUAGAUAAUUAUUUGCCAGCUAUGUUUGUAGAUUCUAAACAUUUACUGAUCAGAACUUUAUGCAUAACUGGUCAUACAGAUUUCUGGCAAUUUUGCAACUGUCUUUUGUAAUAAAAUGAAAACAGAGAGUA